AUGUACCACCAUAACAUCAUUAGGGUGAAUUACACCACAUAUAAUGUUUAUCGCACACAAGAUGUCAUUAACCCAUGUACAUCCCAUUGCAACAUCAUGGUGUUACACCCCAACAAUGAUAUGGAGCCCCAGGAUCACAGAUUUUCUUAUGGUAAGGUGCUAGGCAUCUAUCAUGUAAAUUCUCUGGAGGUCGGGUACUUGGUUGAUUUUCUGGAUCCAGCUGAUAUUCUUAGGGGAUGCCAUGUUAUUCCUUCGUUCGCUAGCUGCAGGGAAUACCCUGAUGGCUUGGGAGUGUCAGUGUCUGCGCGGGACAAGGACGAUUGGCGCAAAUACUACAUCAAUCGGUGA